AUGACAAUCACCGUCGGCGUGCUGGCCUUGCAAGGCGCUUUCCUUGAACAUUUGGUUCUACUCAAAAAGGCAGCCAAUUACCUGCACAGUCAGGACAUUACUACAUCGUUUGAAUUUACAGAGGUCAGGAACGUGAGUCAGUUGGCUGCGUGCGAUGCGUUGAUUAUUCCUGGUGGCGAGAGCACAACCAUCUCCCUUGUCGCCGCUGAGUCUGGCUUGCUGGAACCACUGAGGGAGUUUGUCAAAGUCGAUCGCAAACCGACUUGGGGAACAUGUGCAGGGCUGAUUCUCCUCGCCGAAGCGGCGAAUGCCACCAAGAAAGGUGGUCAAGACUUGAUUGGUGGUUUGGACGUUCGAGUCAAUCGCAAUCAUUUCGGAAGACAAGUCGAAAGUUUCCAGGCUGACCUGGAUCUGCCAUUUUUAAAAUCCGAGGGCUCACUUUCCAACCACCCUUUUCCAGGAGUUUUCAUUCGCGCCCCGGUUGUCGAAAAGAUCCUCCCCCAUGUCGAAGGCGUGCAGAGAGGAGAGCAACAAAUUGCCGGAACGGUUGUUGCGCCCUCCAAGCUUGCCAAAAACGAUCAAGUGAGAAUGGCGAUGAGCUCUCAUGUCGACAUCAUGGGCACACUACCUGGUCGGCUGAAGAAGGCUUCUGCAAUGGGCGUUGAAGUGCCUGCUGGGGAGGAAGUCGGCGAUAUCAUUGCUGUCCAGCAAGGCAAUGUCUUUGGGACCAGCUUCCACCCCGAGUUGACCUCUGAUAUACGAAUACACGUUUGGUGGUUGAGGCAGGUCCUUGAUGUGGUCGGAAAUGGAACUAGAGCUCGGUGA